AUGUCUUCCAGCCAAGACAAACAGGGCAAAUUCCACGUCGAGGACAAAGUUUAUGCAAAUUCGUCUGGGCGAGGACUUCUCGGUCCAUAUCUUGUAAGCAGUAUCACCAGUGACGGCGAAUAUGUGCUGUGCAAUGAAGAUGGAACGAAGGUGGAGGGAGGGAAAACCUUUAAGGAGACGGAGCUAGAACACGCCCCGUAA